AUGGGUUACAACUGUCGGGUUCCUUGGGUCAAGCCACUUCUGAACCUGAGCCAACAUAGGAAGCGUCUCAACUGGGCCAAGGAGAAGAAGGGCUGGACCGUUGGCCAGUGGUCCAAGAGUGAAACAGAGAAGCUCCAGAGUCAACUUGCCAGUGUUAAAAGUCAGCAGAAUAAAGAUGCUGAGAAGCAUCAGCUGCUGGUUAACAGCCUGAACGAACAGCUCCAAGGACUGACUGACACACAAGAGUGCCUGGAAAGUUCCCUCAUUGAGAAGGAGAAUACAUUGUCCAGGACGUCUGAGAAACUUGAGCUCAUCGAUAGCCUCAGAGAAGUGCUGAGCCAGAAGGAGAUUCAGUGCAGAGAGUUGUCUGACAAGCUGCUUCAAGCAACGCACAGUCUAGAGAACAGCACCAAAAAAUGCAGCAGCUUUGAAAAGCAGUGCUCUGAACUGAAAACAGAAGUUGUUGACCUCAAGCAAAAGCUCAACGUGAUGAAGGACAAGGCACAAAAGCAAGAUGUCUCCAUUGUAAUGUUGCAAACUGAGCUUGAUCAGACAAACGAGGAGCUGGACAAGCUAAACACCUCUCAACUGGAGGAGCGGGCCCAACUUAUUCAUGACCUUCAAAGCUGUGAACGGGAAAUUGAUAGUCUGAAAGAUGCUCUGUUGGAAAAGGACAAAGAGAUCUUGAGCCUGACUAACAACUUGUCUGAGCAUGCAGAGCACGUCACGAUUUUGAAGCAGGAGCUCAAACUGAAAGAGGAGAGCCUUAUCCAGGUUGAAAAAGCUCUGAGUAAGGCUGAGCAGAAGGCCAUGAUCAUCAGAGACUCCCAGGACUCAGACCAGCAAGUCUUGAACAACAAAGUCUCUGAGCUGGUUGAGAAGCUAAAAGACUCUGAGGUAGAGCUAGAAACAGCUAAAAAGGAGAGUCAAUCUAAAGCAGCUGAGGUGGAACAGCUGAUACAGCAGGCCGAAGAUGACAAGAAAACUAUCCGAGAUCUUCGAAGAACAAUCCAGAAAGUUACCUCAAAUCAUCGUAAUCAUCUUUCUGAAUGUGAAACCCACAUCGUUUCGCUGAAGGAACAGCUAGCACUUUCUGCUCAGAAGGUUCACGAGUCAGAAGGACUUUUGAUCAAUGAGAAACUACAGCAGGAGACUUACGAAAAAGAGCUGAAAUCCUUCAAGGAGGAGCAAAACAAACUUUUAACUCGAGUAGAAAAAUACAACAAUGAAGUUCAGACGUUGUCUAGAAGACUUGAGGAGCAAAUAAAAGAGAAGCUGGAAGCCGUAGCAUUGCUGGAAAACCAACUACAGGCAGCCAAUCAAAAGAUGGUGGAUGGGAGGCAGGAGUUCAAUGAAGAACUGAAAGUUCGGAGUUCAGAGAAUGAGAAGUUGGUCGGUGAACUUCGGAGCAAGUCUGAAGGUAUCUCCAAAUUGGAGAACAAUUUAAAAAUCACAGAGACAGAUAAGCAGAACCUUGAAGACAAACUUAAAGAUGUAAACGAGGAGCUGGAGCUGCUGAAACAUCAAGUGACUCAGCUCAGUGAUGAAGUCACGUCUGCUCUUCAACUGAACAGCAGCCUGGAAGGUCAGGUCCACCUCCUUACUGAGCACAAAGAGAAGCUUCAGCUGGAAGCCACAGAACUUGCUGCUCAGCUCGGGACCAUGGAGGAGAACACUGCAGAGAUGGAAGCUGAGAUUACACGUUUAAAGGAUUCUGUGCAGAAAGUCACCUCAGAGAACUGUCAGCUGAUGCAGGAGGAGCAGCACAGAAAGGCAGAAGUUGUCCAACUCAAAGACACCAUUCAGGCCCUGAAGGAUCAGAAUCUGAGCCUGAAACAUGAACUUCAGAAAACUGUGAGUGAGCAGUCCGAAUCUCAAGAGCUCAUCAUCAGGCUCAGAGCAGAGCUUUCCAAUAAACUCGGUGAACUCGAAGCGGUGCAUUCAGGUACUGAAAAGACAACGUCGAUCAUGCAGGAAAAAGAUGACAACUUGAGAAAACAGGAGAGAUCGAUCCAUCAGCUUGACAUUCGAAUCACUGAGCAGGAGAAGCUGCUGAAACGGAGCAACGACGACAACAUCAGCUUACAAAGACAGGUUUCAGAGCUUGAAAACCAUCUGCACGUCGUAGCACAAAUGAACGCACUGAUGGAAAACCACGAGCAGCGAGAAAUGGCUCUUCAUGCAAUAAACAAUCAGUACGCCUCCCAGGCUAAACAGGCAUCCCAGGUGCUUUCAGAGCUGCAGACACUCAAAGAGCAGAACAACAUUCUGAAUGAGAAGAUUCAUUUGUCGACAGAGGAAAUCGCACGUUUACAGGGAGAAGUUAGAAGAGUGGUGGCAGAGAAGGAGGAGCAGGAGAAGUGGAUGGAGUCCGACAAGCAGAGUCUUCAAACUGAGAUGGAGGAGUCGGCCUCGAAUGAAAGAGUGAAACUCAUGGAGGACAAUAGUUCUCUGGCAGCACAGUUAGAAAACUCGGAGCAAGCUCUCCAAGCAUCAGCAAGGAAGCUGGAGGAGAUUUCUCAACAGUUUGAAGAACAACGUUUACAGUCCCAACAGGAAGUCAAAAACUUGCAGAACGAGCUCACCAUUUUAUCCAAAGAAAAGGAAACCGUGAAGAAGAAGCUUCAUGCUGCUCUUGUUGUGAGGAAAGAUCUGCUGAAAAGGAUUGAUGGAUACGAGAAGCAGAAAGAAGAAAUAAGCAACACUUCGGUUCUGCAAGAAGAGUUGCGUGUAGUAAGAAACCAAGCUGAAGCUGCAGCACAAGCACAUGAAGAAAAACUUUCUCUUCUGGAGAAGAAGAUUCUUCAGAACGAAGCGGAGAGUAAAAGUCUUGUGGAACAACUCCAGUCGGAAAAACAAACAAUGCAGUGUAGCUUGACUGAGAAAGAAGUGCGUUUGUGUGAAACAUUUAAAUCAAUCGACGAUACGAAUAUAGUCAUGGAACAGCUGCAGUCCAGAGCUGCAAACAGGGAAAAAGAGUUUGAGCAGGACAGGAACAAUCUAUUGCAGAAAUUAGAGCAGCUUCAAGAUGAGAUCAAGAUGCUUCAUGACAAGCUGAAGGACAAAUCCACUGCCAGUGUUGUGGAUUUAGAGAACGAGUUGACACAAAUCAAGUCAGAAAAAGCAACGCUGCAGAAUAAAGCCCAGGCUGCCCUCCUGGCACGCAAAGAGACGCUGAAGAAAGCUCAAGAAAAUGAGAAGAAACUGACUCAAGAGCUGUCGGAGCUACACGACGAACACACGGCUCUGCUGGAGCGACACCAUCAGCAGAGAAAUGAGCUGAAAACUGCUUGCUUAAACCUCGACAAGAAGCUCACUGAGCUGGAUGACCUCCGUAAAGCUUCGACAACUUACCUGGAGGACCUGAACUCUUUAAGACGGCUUGUUGAAGAGAAGGACAAAGCUCUGCAGGACAUAAAGAUGUCUUUGCAGAAACUUCAAGCUGCUUUAGUUUCCAGGAAGGAACUUCUGAAGGAAAACUUGUUGCUGAAGGAAGAAAUUCAACGGCUGUCCGCUCAAGAAGAAGCCAACGAAGCCAGGUGUUCAGAGCUGAAAUCAUCUGUGCUGAAGCUGAAACAACAAAACCUGGACCUUGAAAGUUCUGCCUCGUCUUAUAUUAAAGACAGAGACAGAUCAGACUCUGAGGUGGAGCGCAUCCUCUACGAGAACCGCAGCCUCUCUGCAGCCUGUGACAGCUUGAAGCUAACCAUCGAGAACAUCACUCAACAGAAACAAGACUUCUCCUGCCAACUCAAGUCACUUAAAGACUCUCAAAUGGAGGAGCUGUCCAAGUGGAAGUCUGAGCAUUCAGAGCUGAAACAGAAGCAUGAGUCUCUGUUGCAGGCUCACAGAAACAUAAGCACUGAGACAAACAAGAUGAGGCAGCUUUUAGAAGAAGCCAAAGAAGAGUGUCAGGAUGCUCACAGGAAAAUCUACCACCACGAGAGUCAGACGGAGCGCUGGCAAAAGCAAGCUCAAGAACUGCAGAAAGAAAACGACAGAAUUAAAGAGAGGACAGACAAGUUUACCAAAGAGAAAGGGCAAAGAAUCGAGGAGCUUGAGGGAGAAAAUCAGAAACUUCAGAAGGAACUUGCUGAACUGGAUGAAAAACACAAACUGGAAAUGUGUAAGCUAAGCAACAAAAAUCAGCUUCUGGAAGAAGAUAUGUGUCAACUCAGAGACUCGUCAGAGGAGCUCAGGGUGAAACUUACCGAGAUGCAGCUAGGAAACAGCCAACUAGCAAAAAAGCUAGAAGCGGCCAUCUGUUUGUUGGAAGAGAAGCGCUCAGAGUCCAACACAUGCACAAACAACGUGCAGUUUAAACUUGAUGAAGCUCUCAGUUUGAAUAAUUCAUUGACUGCUCAUAUCGAAGUCCAAAAAACAGAAAUCCGUGCACAGCUCGACAUAAACCAUCUGUUACAAAAAGAGAAGUCAGAUCUCUGUAAAAGAAUAGAGACAAUGCAGACUAAUCAUGACCUGCAGCUGGGUGAGAAGGACAAUGCCAUCAAAGAGCUGAAAGACAUUAAUACUAAGCACUGCCAGGAGACCGUCGUUCUGAACGAGAAAGUGAGGAUCCUGGAGGACGACAAGUCGCUUCUGCAGGAGGAGCUUGAGAACACUCGGGAGAUUUCAGAGACAAGUAAAAGUGAAAACCAACAUUUGGAAACGGUGAUCCUGGAGAAUUCUAAGAGAAUCGAUGAGCUGACCGAGUCUGUGAGCGUUCUGCAGAGCCAGAAGUUGCAGAUGACUGCUCAGCUCGCGGCGAGCGAAGAAACAAACAGUCGAUUCAGGCGAGAAAAGGAACAGGAACAGCUCAAGUUAGUCCAAGAGUUAGAGGAGAAACUCAAAGCUGUUCAAAGAGGCAACAACGACUCCAAGAAUGUGACAAAAGAGCUUCAAGAGCUGCUGAAAGAGAAACACCAGGAGAUAAACCAGCUCCAACAAAACUGUAUCAGAUACCAGGAGGUGAUUUUAGAUCUGGAAGGUGCUUUGAAGAGCUCGCAGUCAGUCUGUGGAUUUUUAAAAGAAGAAAAGAGGAAAGGCUUGGACAAGCUGUCUGCAUUGGAGGAGAGCAAUAAACAAGCUGAGCGCGAGUUGAUCACACUCAGAAAACUCCACCGGGAGGCUGAGGAGAACGUCAAGAGCUUAGAGUCUGAAAGAAACCAGCUGCAGCAGCACAAAGACCCAGAGGAAACAAAAUCAUCCCAAAGCAUCGACGAACCACAAACACACAUACAGAAUCAGUUACAGCAACGAAUAGAUGAACUCGAGGAUGUGAAGGAAGAAGAAAGUCAAAGACUGAACGACUUGAUGAAGCAGCUGGACACCAAAGACCUCCAGAUAAACACUCUGAAGAGAACAGCCGAGACCAGCGAAGCCAAACUUUCUGCUUUGACUUCAGUUCCACACGGGGCAGAUGCCUCCAGACUCUGGGAUGAUUUAUACCAAAAGAGCCUGAACAAGAAGGACAAGCAGCUCCUGGAACAAGGCUCCAUGAUCACCAGUGUUCUGGAGAACAUGAGGAAGACAAACAAGGAGCUAAAUGAACUGCAGACGGCUAAAUCAAGACUUGAAAAGACUCUGAGCGAUUACUGUGUGGCUGCCUCUGCACAUCAGAGACAGAUGUUUAUCGUGAGUGUAACCAACGCUGAGCUGAGCGAAAAUGCAGAAGUCAUGGCUGUGAAGGUAAAGGAACUUAACACAGAAGUGGAACGACUAGAACAAGGAAAGAACACUCUUAAUCGACAGCUCGCUGAAAAAGAAGACAGGAUUUCCCAACUGCAGCAUCACUAUGAACAGAUGGUGAAGGUGAACUCGGAUACAGAAGCCCAGCUGCUUCUUUUACGCACUCAAUGUGACAAAAUUCAAGCAGACUUCGAGAAGCAGGAGGGAAUUUCUAUUCAACUCAAAACGCUUCUUCACAGCAAAGAUGCUGAGAUCUCCUCCCUGCUCUCCAGCAAAGAUGGUCAGAUUUCUGAGUAUCUGGAGCAGCUCCACGCUAAUUAUCGAAGCCAGGCAUCUGUUUACGAGGACAGGCUCAUGUCUUUAAGUCACCAGCGGGAAAAAGCUGACACGAAAGCAAGAGCCCUUAUGGCUGAAGUCAAAAGUCUGCAAAUUCAGGUGGACACGUCUGUUCGGGACAAGGAGCAGAUUGAGGCUAAAGUGGAAUUGUUUAAGAACACAAUAACAUCCUUACAGAGCGAACGGGAACGGCUAACGUCUGAUUACAGAACACUGGAAGCAAAGAGUCAGUCAGGCUCAACGGAGGUUUCCACUGAUGGGAAUAGUGGUGCAAAUAUAGGCUUUAAACAUGAAAUCAGGAAACUUCUACAUCAAAUGGAUGACCUGAACUCUGAGAACGCCAUGCUCAGAGCCCAGCUGUUGCGCUACAGAGAGGAUCUAAACCAGGUGCUGUCCCUCAAAGACAACCAGCUGAAGGUGCUGCUUAGGAAGCAGCAGGAUGUGAUCAGGAACCUGGAAAACCAAAAGAUUGCAGCAGAAAAACAACUCAGAGAUGUUCAUCUGGAACUCCAAGAGAAAAACGAAGGGAAUUUACAGGACACUGUUGCAGCCAAAGCAGCUGAAUGUCAUGACCUCCAGCAGAAGCUUCUCUCACAUAAAGCUUCAGCUGAUGAGCUUAAGGAAAAACUGCAGCUGCUGGAAAGUGAGACUGACAAAAAAUUGUCCAAAGCUAAGGACAAAUAUGAUAAUGAACGGGAUGUGUUUGAAUGCAACGCUGAGCUGAUGAUGACAAACUGGCAAGAGGAGGCGGAUCAAAAGCUGGUGGAGCUCACAAAAGAGCUACUCAGCUUGAAGCAACAGUUAGCCGAGGCGAAAUCCCAAAACAAAGACACGAAGGCUCAAAACGAAUCUUUGUGCAAAGCCAUGGCUGCUUUACAAAAUGACCGAGACCAUCUCAUAGAAGACUUCAAGAUUCUCCGGAGCAGAUUUGAUGAGGAGCUUCAGCAGACUCGGGCGGCUUUGAACAAGGCGGAGCACAGUCUGCAGGACACAUCUUCAGACCUAAACGUACUUGCUAAGGAGAGGGAUCUACUUCUUCAUCAACUAAAAGCUCUUAAGAGCAAAGAUGCACAGGCAGAGCUGAGCAAGCUGAUGGAUGAACUCUUCAAGGCACUGACAGAGAAGGAUAAGGAGCUGAAACAGGUGGUUCUGGAAAAUAUCACCUACAGCGAGCAGCUGUCUUCCUUCUCCAGAUCCAUGGCCAGUCUGCAGAAUGACCGGGACCUGCUGAUGGAUGAGCUGGCUGUGGCCAAAAAAGUGACUGAAUCCAGACAAGGACCGAUUCCAGAGACCAUUCUUACCCUGAACAUGGAAAACAAAGGAGCUGUCGGAGACCUCAAAGGUCAGAAAGACGGGCAGGUUCUGAGGCUGAAGGCUGAUGAGCUGCAACAAACUGCACACAGAGACUUCAGCAGCUACCAGGAAGAAUCUAUACAUCUGAGGUCUGAUGCUGAGAUGAAGGAUUCCCUGCCAGUUAAAGAAACAACAGUUUCAGCAGAUCACCGUUUACAAGAGGAGGUGGUUCAUAGGUUAGAGGUGGAGAGGAUCCAGCUUCACAAAGACCUGCAGCAUUGCUUUCAUGAGAUUCAACCGCAAGACCAGUAUAUCCAGCAUCUUAACUCCAAGCUGCAGCAGGCAGUCGAGGAGAAAGCUACUAUUGCAGCUCAGCUGAGGUCUGUUUCCCAAUCACUACGGGACACCCAGGAUCGCUGCCACUGGCUGGAAAGUCAAACCCCAGGCCAAGUACAGAUGAAAGGUGGCAUGGCGGCGUGUCGCCGGUGGCUCAGAGGGCGAAGCCUGUACUUCUCCAAACUACUGACAAGUCGCACCCGCUCUCGAUAUUUCUUCCUGGCAUACCUGCUCAUGAUACAUGUGAUUGCUGUCUUGUGCCUCACUGGUUAUUUGUAGUGAAACUCUUCAGUUUGGCUAACAGUCUAAAUGUUUUUCAUUUUGGUUUCUCGGUCAGUAUGUUAACAACACUCAAACCAGCAGUUAUGGUAGUUGGGGAUGCUUCAUGUUCACACAAACAGUAAUGUUUCAGUCUGUUCAUGUCACCUUUACUACAAGAUGA